AUGGAAAAACUAUCUGGAAAGAGAUAUUUGCUUGUCGAUGUCUGGAACGAAAAAAAUCCUGGUAAAUGGGAGAAUUUAAGAAAACUGUUAUUAGGCGGGGCAAGUGGAAGUAUGAUCAUGGUAACCACCCGUAAUCAAGUGGUUGCAUCAAUCAUGCAACCAAUUAAAUUUGUGUACAAAUUGGGAGGUUUAAAUGAAAAGGAUUGUGAAUCAUUAUUCAAUGAACGGGCGUUUGGGAAAGGAAAUAACGAGGUAGCAAACCAUCCUGAUCUAGUGGAGAUAGAGAAGUAUAUAGUGAAAAAGUGUGGAGGAGUGCCUUUGGCUGCAAAGGCACUUGGAAGUUUGUUGCGCCUAAAAAGAAACAAAAAGGAUUGGUUGGAUGUCCUAAAUACAGAAAUUUGGAACCUAGAAGAAGGAGAAAUACUACCUGCUUUAAGGAUAAGAUACAACCACCUACCAUCUCAUUUGAAGCAAUGCUUUGCCUAUUGUUCUAUUUUCCCACAAGAUCAUCAAAUAGAUGUUCCUGAUUUGAUCCAUCAGUGGAUGGCUCAUGGGUUCAUCCAACCACCACCACCACAUAGAGGAGGAGGAGGAGGAAGUCACAAUACAAGGUCAUUAGAAGACAUUGGGUAUGUGUAUUUCAGGGAAUUAUUAUGGAGAUCAUUCUUCCAAGAGGAAACAGAGGAUGAUGUGCUUGGAAACAUCAUCUCAUGCAAAAUGCAUGACCUGGUGCAUAGUCUUGCAUGA